CUGAACGUUUUUCAACGAUACAGUACGCAGCCAUUCUGUCAAAAACGUUUGACAUCAUUUUGACAGACAAACAAUCGCAUAAAUAAACGCAGUGUUUUAAUAAAAUUCCUAUGAAAUCCUUGGAAUAAAUCCCAUUUUGUUUUUUAAAUUUUCCGAUAAUUUUGCUAUUGGCAUCGUGAGAGAUGGCUAAUGAUCGUGAAGUAUUGCGAAUCAUAUGGGAGGGACAGAUUCCAAUUUGUUUUCAAGCCGAUUUAGACGAAGCGAACGCUGUUCGGCAACCUGAAAACUUUUAUUUGAUGGUCUCGAGAUUGAGCUACUUACCAUUGGUUACAGACAAAGUUAAAAAGCAUUUCAGCAGAUUUGUUUCAAAUGAGGCACAAGAGGGCGAGGUUUGGUUCGAUUCCAAUGGACUUCCGCUGAAAUGGCACUAUCCAAUCGGUGUUCUAUACGAAUUGACGAAAUUGACGGAAUUACCGUGGUGCAUUACAAUUCACUUUAGCAAGUUUCCCGAAGAGAUUCUAUUCCGAUGCCCAAACAGAGAAAUCGUUGAAUCACAUUUCAUGUCAUGCCUCAAAGAGGCGGACGUCUUGAAACAUCGUGGUCAAGUGGUGUCACGAAUGCAGAAAAAGGAUCACAAUCAGCUUUGGCUCGGUCUAGUCAACGAUAAAUUCGAUCAAUUCUGGUCGGUUAAUCGACGUUUAAUGGAACCAACUAGCGAAGAUGGCUUCAAAUACAUUCCGAUCAGGUGCUACAAAGAGGAUGGAACGUACGUCCAGAAAUUGGUACCGCCCAACAGUGACAAUGGAUUCAAACGCACCGUACAACAUUUACUCGAAGAUUUUUCGACGUCUGCAUCAAAAGCAGUUACUUGUCUAACACAUGGCAUCGAAAUCGAAAAAGAGACCCCGCUGCAGUGGCUGUCGGAGCAUAUGAGCUACCCGGACAAUUUUCUACACGUUCAUCUGAUUUGGGAAACGUUACAGGAAACGAUCGCAUAAUUAACUCUGAAUCGCCAGCCCAUCAACUGAACUGAUCUGAAGUGAUUUCAACUGACUUUAAUAUCCAUUUGGGUUAUUUUAUCGGUGCACAUGGUCAGUGGACAAAAACUAAUGUUGUAUGAACGAAACAAUAAAAUUUAAAUAAAAGCGCGUAUGCUUUGAGCCAGUAACUGUGUAAUGAUAAUUAUUCGAUUCCUACUCCUACGGUAAAAGUGUUGAAUGUACAUUCCAAUCACACAUCUUUUGUAUCCCACUUAUUCAUAUAUUAAUAUAUAUAAAUUCUCGAUAAAAUAAUUAUGUGUUAUCUCAUCAAACUGUGAACUAUGGCAUCUAAAAGAAUAAACUUCUUUUCUUGAAAGAGAAAAAAAAACAGAACUCAGGUUAUUUUCAAUCUGUGUCUUAAUUUGUUUUCAUUUAAUUUGAACGAUUUGUAUACGAAUAACGGGGCCGGACUGGGUAUCGCGCAUAUGUGCUUAUGAUCAAUAUAUUUGUUUUUGAAGGAAUAGUGUUAUAUUUUGAUGAGCUGGUCGCUGUGAAUGUUUUCAUUGUCUGUCUACUGGCUCGCUCGAUGUGUGGCUAUGAAAAUAAAAAUGAGUAGCAAACGAGAAGAGAAACGUUGCAAUAUCUAUAAGUUUGAUUCAUUUGUGGCAUAUCACGAGCUAUGGAGUGGAUCGCGCGUCGUCGACAUUUGAACAAACAAAUACGUUCUGUGUUUUAUUUUGAUAAGUACCUGAGGAAAUAAACACACAAAUAAUGUGACUGUGAGAGUGAGUGAGUGAGGGAGAACACGCCGAGAGUGAAUGAGAUAGUGGAACAAGAGCAAAUCUCGACACAUAAAAAGGAACAUCAAAAAUGUUGCUGCACGGUGCUCGCGUUUGGGAUGUGUGAAUAGUAAAUAUUGAUACAUAAGCGGUUGUUCAACUGUUGCUCUGGUUUUAUCCUCUGUUCGUUCGGCAUAUAGUGUCAGCCAUGUGGGCGAUGGAGAGUAAGAUAAUCGUCAAGAGUACUUCAUUAAUUAGGAGCUGUCUCUUAAAAAUGGGAUCUGAUGAGAGACACCGAUUAGGACAAAUACAAAGGUACUGCAUGCACGGUGUCAUUACAAAAGAAAGAAAUAGUUUCAUUUCUUUUUCACAUGAGAAAAUGGGCUUUGAUGAUUAUCAUCUCAUCUUAAUUUUCCCAAAAGGUAAGUCAUAAACCGAUUUGACAGUUUGUUUUUGGGCAUGAUUAGCUAAUAAAUUCAAUUAUAAGCCCCGACUCACAUUUUUGAAAAAAAAAUCAGAGAGAACACACCGAAAAGUCCGUCUGAAGCGCAACAAAGUUUUGUUGCUGUUGGCAAACAAACACACAUUUUCACACGCGAUUGACAGUGGAAUGACAAUGGAAAAUUACAGCGAAUCCUGCAAAUUUUUGUAUGUCAUUGGGGUUAAGUCAUCAUCAUCCGUCGGCUGUCGUCUGGCCCGAUCUCGUGUCACUCUCUCGCCUGAACGGAACAACAACAGCGAAACGAAAAAUUUAUUUAUUUUCGGGGGCCGGUGUUCUCUUUAUCGUGUCUCUGAACGUCACCACAAAAUCGCAUUGUUGUUGCUGUAAUCUAUUUCGAUGGUUCGGUCAAACUUGUUUCUCUCUCGCUCGUUUCUCUCCACCACGCUCCGCUCGCAUUUAUCAUUACAAGUCAAACGGAUGGACGUCUCGGCGCAAAGUAAUAAGAGAGCAAAAAAUAUGUAUAUGCUUGUAUAGUCAUGUAAUUGUUUGGCGCGCGAAUUCACAAUGACUUUCUGAAAACUCGCACAGUUCAUGUACAUUUGGGAUGCGCAAGAGCAAAAAAAAAACAACAACAAGAGAAUAAUCGCGUCUGAAACAUGAACGAAGCGAAACGAAUCUAAUUUUUGCCCCAUCGUGUGAUUUUCUGUCUGACAGCAAUCAGCUGGUUCAUGUUCAUCGUGUGGAAAGGUAGUAGGUGAAUGGAGACGCGCAGUAAAAAAAGGGAAUUUGAAUUUCGGGCGAUGAUGAUUGCGACGCAAAUGCUCAUGGAUGAUUCAUAUUAUUUUUUUUGUUCAUCUAACAAAAACACACGAACCGCAUAUCAACGGUGAGUGAACAACAGUGGACGUUCACCGUUAAGUUUCACGUCUGAAAUUAGAAACAACAUGAACAACAACAAAAACAAGAAGACGAAGAAACGAUGGCAAUUUCAAAUCAUAUAUGUCAAUCCAAAUGAACAAUUGAAAUAAAUGCUCGAGUCGAGACGUUGACAACAGCGCAAGAAAUUAUGAACGGUCCAAUGAGCGGUCGGUUGGUCGGUCAGUCAAUUUCCAUAGCAAAUUGUUUGCAUCUCAAUUUUAUGUGAGUCAAGAUCAAAUUGAAGUGAAUCAAAUUUUGAGCAAUUUGAUUCACAUGUUUCUUUUCAUCAAUUUGCUGGGAAUGGCGGUGGAGAGUCGCGUGCCAAUUCGAAGGCUAACGCCAUUACUUAAAUCGUCUCUUUGUGUUAGGUUCGCCGGCGCAUCAAUAAAAUUAUCCAUCAUUUGUGUGACCUAGUACGGUUUGAAAAUUGAUUUUUUUUUCGUAACAUCAAAUCAAUUAUAGGAAGAAGUCUUCUUCUUAGAAGAGUGGGAAAAAUGUUACAUGCAGAUUUCACGGUAUGACGCAUAUUUUUUUUAUUGAUUUAUAAUGGUGUUAAAAACAGAAAAAAAUCCCAAUAACAUUCUUCACCUGCAUAUAUCGAAACGAGAGGCAAAACUGUCGAAUGACAAUCGCCAGCAGUAAACUCUCCCCAUUUUCAUGUUCAAACAAAAAUAAACCGUUCAUAUGUCUCUAUUUUGUUUAUACAUGCAUUGCUAAUGCACAUUGUAUACACUUUCGAUCAAAGCAAUUGAUAAUGAGUGUUAAAAAGCGAUCAUUAAAUUGAUGGUGUUGCAAGUUGAUCGUUAAUUAUAUCGCAUGACUUUCCCGGCGACAACGACAAAGUACACUCAUUUCAAGGAACGUUUCCAUGUGGAACGUGAGAAGAGCUAUGCGCUCUGUAUAGUUCUUGUUUAUUGUUGUUGUUGCUGAUGUUUUUUUGUUGUUUCGUGACGCAUAGGAUAAUGCAAUGUUACAAACAGGCAUUAACACGAAUUUGCGCAGUCCAUUGUGCAAUUCCCAUGAGUCAUUUAGUCAUUUCCAAUUUUUCAUUGAUUUCGCUGAUUGGAAUGUCAUUGUAGAGACACACUCACACACAUUCAUUCGUUUGUUAUUCGAGUGAAGUGGUCAGUUGACGGAUUUCGUAUGACUAAAGGUGAAUAUUCUAGGCACUUGAAAUUCGUCUUAGAUUUGACAUUCAUCGUGCGUACAACUCAAAAACUCAGAGCUCGGCGGUCAUCAGAUGUAUCAAAUGAAAAAAAAUAACAACACAUUAAAUGCUAAACAAUCCAUUCAAUGUCUGAUCUCAAGCCAAUAAUAAUUGAAAACAAUCAAGUGAUAAAUCCGAAUCGCCGUCGAUCUAUUCGAAUGCCAUGCUCUGUGUGUGACAGUAUAUUUUCAUUUUUGUUGAUUUUCUACAAUGUUUAUUUUUUUCGAUUACGCUUCACUCUUCAUUGGUCUGCCUCCGUACAAUGAACGUGUUAUCAAAGGCCAAGUGUGGAAUUUUUCAGAUUGAACCGCUUCUCUUUUUUUCGGUCGUUAUUUCUUAUUAUUUAUGAGGCGCUACGCGGUAGGUUUAUAUUGAAGCUACAAUUUACAUUUAAACGUACGUAAUCACUGAUUCAGAGAAUGACGGUUUUUCCUUCGUCGAUUCUGAGAACGAAAGAAAAAAACGAUUGUGAUAGAUAUUUUGUUGUGUGUACACAUUGUAAAGCAUCAUCUUUUGGGGCGAAGAAAUGUGAAACGGAGAAUAGGAUUGGUCAUUGGAAUUGCUAUGAAAUAACAGCAGCAGUAGCAGCAUGAUAACCUCAACUCUGGCACGAUCAAACCAACCGAACCCGUGCCUGUCUUGUGCAUAGCAAUGACACAUGACAUAAUUUUUCUUUCGCUUGGAUUACUCUCGCGGUUUUAUUUUUUUAUUUUAUUCAUUUUUGGCACAUUUUCAACUCUCGAAAGAGAUAGAAUCGUGCUAACGAACGAAAUAUUAAUGACGAUGCCAUAUAAUAAUAAUUAUACGAAACAGUGAUAAAACAAAUGAUUAGAGCCCCGUCGGUGGCACAAAAACGCCAGGCAAACAAAACAUACAGCGAAUCGCGCGCUUACAAGUGAUUUGCUCUCUUUGUGUGUGUCUUUCUAAAGAGCGUGCGCGUACGCUGCCGAAUUAUCAAAAUGAUUUUUGGAUGUUCAUCCAAAUCAAACGGUAUAAUGAAUGGUACGGCGCUUGUGUCGGUGUCUCACGCAGACAGUAAACAUACACACGACCAGAUGAUACAAUCAAUUAAACGUGUCUAAUCGAUUAAAUUCGAUGCAAAAUUGGCAAGCGGUCGAUGAAAUUGACAGAGGAAAUUAACAAGAAGAGAGAGAUAGAAAUACACAGCAUUAGCAACAGCAGUCAAUCAAGACGAAUCGAACGAAUGACGGUGAUCAUUCGCAAAGUCAAUGCGGUCUGAUACUUUUUAUUUGAUGCGCACAUGUCGAUGAUUAGUCCAUCAUUUUAUAGACAUUUUUUCCUGUUCUCUUCUUCUUUUUUUCUCGACCUUUCGGUUUAUUUUUACCCACUUCGUCAUAGGACUGUCGAUUAAAUAAUUGAAGUUGAAAACAACAAUUGCUUUCCAACGAAAACGUUAUCUCUUUAGCAUAAAAAUCUAUAAAACUUCAGAUACUCUUUUUUUAUUUCCAAUAAUGUCUAUUUUGAGAGAUUGCAAAAAAAGAAAA